ACAGAAUAUCCCCCAUUUCCCGUUUUGUGUGAAGAAGAAAAGAUUGCUCUUUGAAAAUUAACCCAAAGGAUAUUUUUUCUUUUCAGUCCCUUUUAUUUAUUUUGUUCUUAAUCUUGUUAAAAAGAGUGGUUAUGUCCCCACUCGUUAAAAUAUUGAAACUAGGAACGUUGAGUUACGAAACAGGCCUAAAGCUGCAAUGUUUCAUGGCAAGAAAACAUAUUUUGGCCGAGAACCAAAAUACUUUACUUCUUUUGGAGCACAAGCCUGUGUAUACAGUUGGUUUAAGAUCAUCAACUUAUGACGAAAACGUAGAAAAGAAACUGAGAACACUUGGGGCCGACUUUCAUAGAACAAAUAGAGGUGGUUUAAUAACUUUUCAUGGUCCUGGUCAAUUGAUAGCCUACCCUAUUUUGAAUUUAAAAGAGUUCAAAUUAACUAUGAAGUGCUACAUAGCAUCUUUAGAAAAAACAAUUAUCAGCCUCUGUGAUUUACUGAAUCUGAAUGCUUAUACUUGUGAACAUACAGGAGUUUGGAUAAAUGAUAAAAAAGUUUGUGCAAUAGGCGUACAUGGUAGUCGAUAUAUCACAACUCAUGGGUUAGCCCUUAACUGUUCUUUAGAUGUGCUUAAAUGGUUUGAACAUAUAGUUCCCUGUGGCAUCGAAGGAAAAGGUGUAACAAGCUUGUCUAAAGAACUUCAAAAAAGUUUCAGUGUCAAUGAAGCUGCUGAUUUAUUUUUAAAUGUGUUUAGCGAUACCUUCAGAUGUGAAUAUAUUGAUUUAUCAAAAGAUGAAAACAACAGUUUAUUGGCCGAAGUAUUAUUAUUAAAAAAUCAAACAUGAAAA